AUGGACGAAUUUGAUGAAUUUUCACUUAUUACAAAAUUGGAUCAACAAAAAUUAACUCAUUUACUUGUUUCCAUUCCUGGCUCAAAAGAAUUAUUUGUAGAAUCAAAUCUUCUUCGCCCUUUAGACAAAAUAUGUUCAAUGAAAAUCUUGAGAAGUUUAAAUUGUCAAAAAGUUCAACAACUUUAUUUAGAUAAAACAAAUAUUUGGGAUGAACAAAUUGAACAAAGAAUAUUUUUUAUUCGGCCUUCAAUUGCUACUUCUCGUAAAAUUUGUGAAUUAAUUCGGUCAGAACCUGAAAAGUCUUAUUCUAUAAUUCAUGUUGGCAGCCUUAAAAAUUUUUUUCUGAAAGAACUUGAAAAAAAUGGACUCGGAAAUGUUGUUAAUUUUUAUGAAUUUAAUUUAACAUUAAUUAAUUUAGAAUCAGAUUUGUUUUCUCUCGAAUUACCUCAAUAUCCUCCAGAAAUGUUUAAUCGUUAUUUUGAAGAAUUAAUUAAAACUUUUUGGCAACUCCAAACACUUUAUGGACAAAUUCAGACAAUUUUUGGUUUUGGAGAUUUUUUUCCAAUUUUUGAUAAACUUUUCAAAAGAAUUUGUAAUGAAUUGGGGGAACCAACAUUUUCUUCUCGUCAAUUUAUUAGUCAUUUAUUUAUUUUUGAUCGAAGACUUGAUUUAUUUUCAACUCUUCUUACUGGCCUCACUUACGAAUCAAUUUUAAAUGAUAUGUUUAAUUACAAUUGUGGGAAAAUUUCUUUUGGUGAAACUGUCAAUUCAAAACUUUUUUCUUCCCAAAAUUCAUCAAAAGAAGAAUUUCCUCCCCAAAAAUCUUUUUUUCCUUUAAAUAAUUCUGAUUUAAUUUUUUCUUCAAUUCGUAAUUCACAUAUGACAAAAGUUUUUCCUUUUUUGAGAGAAAAAUACAAAUCUUUACAAUCAAGUUUUGCUAAAGUUUCGAAAAGUUGA